AAGAAAAAAAGACAUAUUCAGGGAAAAUUCACAAAUAAUUUCAAUCUACUAAUAAUAAUAAUAACUGUGUAUGUGUGUGAAAACGUUCCCAAUCUAUAUAUAUAUAUAUAUUUUUUUUUUAUAUAUAUAUAAAUAAUCCACCCAUUUAAUAUGCCACGGAGAUUUUUCUUCUUCUCCACUUUUCGCCACCAUUUCUGCUUCUUCUCUCUCUCUCUAAAAUCGGUGGAAGGUCCAACGUAAGAGACCAUGACCGGCGGAGACUGGAUUCAUGAAGCUAUGGAUGAUGAUUCAUUGGUGGCGCAGGCUCUGAUCUGCCUCCUCCAUUCUGAGCCGUCGUCACUUCCUGAUACGAAGUGCGGCGGCGGCGGCGGCGCGUCGGAUCUCAAGCUGAAGUGGACGGUGCGUCAGAGGAGGACCAAGUCGGCGUCGCUGAGGAAGAAGGGAGAUGAGAAUAAUACGCGUGCUAGUCCCACGACGCCUCUUUCCUGGAGCGGUGCCACUUCUUUUAGCGGUGGUGGUGCUGGUGCCGUUGAUGGAUUUGAGGAGUCGAGCGGUGCCGUUAAACUCUCUGAGGCCGUUAGAUCUAAGGGUCAUUUCCGUCAUUUCUUCCAGGGAUCGGCUUCUUCGCCGGUCACGCAACCUUGGCCUUUCCGAUCUAUACUCCGACUUCACGUUGACCAUAAAAUGUCACUAUGUUUACCCUGGAUGUCCCGUCAAAGCCUCACGUUCCUUUUUUUCUUCAUAGUAACUCAAUUUAAUCUAUCUUCUCUGCUUUUUCCAUUUCUGCGACUCCGUGUCCUCACAUCUAGAUGAUUGUGUUAAGUGGUGGUGUGUGACCAAAGUUCACGUCUCACGAAUGCUUUGUUCCUGAAACUGUUCGCUAAAUUCAAGCAAGGGUCAUCUUCAUCCAUUCCAAUGACGAGGUUACCCCUGUGAUUGAGUGUGUCUAGGGGGGGUAGUUGGGUCCAAUUAGAGAAGUAAUGGCUGGCGUUAUAUAUAAUUGCUUAUUAUGAGGGUUGCCUCUUUUAUGGGUCGUGAGGCGUUUUCGUGGCGGAUUAGGUUUGGGGGGUUUGGUGCGUCUGUGGUGUGAUCAGAUGCGGCGUGGAACAUCAUACGUCUCAUAGGUAAUAGCUGACGUGGAAAAACAAAAGUCAAAAACUCUCCACUCCACGCGGCAGUUUGACUGAGCCCUCCAAAAGCACCUUCUUCCUUUGGUCAAAAUCGCUUUCCUUUCAUAUAAAUUAUUGGUGACAGUCUUGUUUACUUACUUAAGCUUAUUUUUUCUUUAUCUAUGGUUUAAUUAAGGCGAUGAAUCAUCUUAUCUUACCAAAGUAGAGAACCCACAAAGUCACCAGUUUUGGGUUUGUAAAUUAAAAGAACGUGAUAAGGACAAGUUG